AUGCCGACAAACAAAAGUUUGACAGCCGGCGUGCUUAACGAAGUAGACGAGGUGUUUCAGAGACAAUACCUGAGGACCAACUCAUGGGAGACACGCAUCGCCGCCAGUCAGGCCGUGGAGGCCAUUGUGGCCAACGUUGCCAUUUGGAUGCCAUCGCCCACAGCCGACGCAAAGCCGUGUCAAACGGAUCCGCUCUCCGCUAAUACCGUCGGAAGAAUGACUUUCGAUAGAUAUGAUAUCAAUACUGUCAUCAAAUGUGGACACAAUUUGUUGGCCUCUGAGGGCAAAGAGUUUGACGAAUUGCCCGAUAAUAAGACGGAUUCUUCGCUGGACCUGAAGGAGAAGAUUGCGCUCCAAAGGCAGGCAUUGAAUCAGAAGUUAGGCUUAGAUACGGGCUCUACGGCUGUGACCCGAAAGGCGGCGGCUCUUCAGUUGGGAGAAGUACAACGACUACAUCCGCACGAAUUGCUUCAUCUGCUCCACAAAGUCAGACAAUACCUGAGGACCAACUCAUGGGAGACUCGCAUCGCCGCCAGUCAGGCCGUGGAGGCCAUUGUGGCCAACGUUGCCAUUUGGCUGCCAUCGCCCACAGCCGACGCCAAGCCGUGUCAAACGGAUCCGCUCUCCGCUAAUACUGUCGGAAGAAUGACUUUCGAUAGAUAUGAUAUCAAUACUGUCAUCAAAUGUGGACACAAUUUGUUGGCCUCUGAGGGCAAAGAGUUUGACGAAUUGCCCGAUAAUAAGACCGAUUCUUCGCUGGACCUGAAGGAGAAGAUUGCGCUCCAAAGGCAGGCAUUGAAUCAGAAGUUAGGCUUAGAUGUGAUGAACCGAUUGGGCAUUCAAUUGGACUCAAAUGACUUCAUAUCAAACUCUGAUCUGACGGACGAACAAAAGCCUAAUCCAGAAGCCAUUGAUUUGACACAAAAUAAGCCACAAUUGGAUGAAAUCAUUACGAAAGCGACCGGAAGUUCAGUGAAACGAAAGGCCAAUCGAUUGAAUCGAAACAAAUCUGUGGACCAAAAGUGUGAUGAAAACCAUUCAAACAAUGAAUUGAAACGAAUUAAAACUGAAAGAGAAGACUCCGAUUGUGUUAACUCUAGUGAUAGCAACACUUUUACGGACAUAACUCAAGCGAAUGAGUGGCCACUCGAGUCGUUUACUGAAGAGUUGCUCUCAGAUCUAUUCAGUGCCCUUUGGAUCGUACGUCACGGCGCGGCCACCGCUUUGCGAGAGAUUAUUAGAUUGCAGGGCAAAUGUGGCGGAAGGUCUAACAGUGUUGCCAGUCAUCUCUUGGAUCAAAUCAAUCAGCAAUGGCUCGAAGAUGUGUCACUUCGGUUAAUAUCUGUGUUAGCUUUGGACAGAUUCGGCGAUUAUGUGUCGGAUCAAGUCGUGGCGCCCGUCAGAGAGACAUGCGCUCAGACUUUAGGCUUAGUUUUGAAUUUGUUGUCAUCUGAUGGCGUGAAUAGUGUGCUCAAGAUAUUACUGGAAUUACUCAAAUCUAAGGAAUGGGAGGCCAGACACGGAGGAAUGCUUGGUCUUAAGUAUCUAUUGGCCAUCAGACAAGACAUGACGUGCCAAUUGAUUCCCGUAGUCUUUCAACCCAUUUUUGAUGGUCUUAAAGAUAAUGUGGACGAUGUGUCAGCUGUUGCUGCGGCCGCUUUGGUUCCCAUUAAAGACGUGUUGAUGAAAACGCUUCCCGAGAAAGUGCCGGUUGUGGUCAACUACUUAUGGGACGCGCUUCAAGAUCUGGACGAUUUGAGUUCAUCCACUGGUGAUCUCCUGAUGCUAUUGUCGUCUUUAUUAGUAUUCAAUUCUGACUCCAAUUCAACCCAGAAUUUGGUUGAAUUGGUUCCCCGUUUGUGGCCUUUUCUGAGUCAUGCUUUGAGUUCUGUCCGAAAAUGUGUUUUGGAAGCGCUUCUCAUUCUAUGCUCGAAGACAUCACUUGAAUGGUUAACUGUUCCGCUUCUCUCCGACGCUCUCAGACUUCUCUAUCAAAGAUGUCUUCUCGAGAAUAAUUUAGAUAUUUUGCAGAAUUUAUAUCAAGUUUGGUAUGAAUUCAUAACAAAGUCGAGUAUUGAGAAUGUGUUGCAAUCGAGUUGUCAGCAUUUGAGCGGUUGGUUCUGCCUUAUGAUGCAUCCAUCGAAGAUACCCAUCGAUGCCUCCACUUCCCAAUCGUGGCUUCAAAUGAAACAAUUCUCUCAUUCGGAGCAAAACACUGGCACUAAAUCACGUUAUAUUAAAUAUGAUAACCAAACAGUUAGGGAACAGCACUUUAUCGGAGGCACUGAAUCUUUGGCUGAAAGCACUGAAUACAGGGAAAGAUCUGUCAUCAGAGCCAGACAUCAAGCGGCGAAGUUCAUCGGAUUUCUGGCAUUUUUUGUUACAAAACCUGUAUAUUUGACAACUCCUUCGGCGAUGGAAUCGUUUGCCAACAUUUUAUUAUUUCAUUUGAACUCCAAGUCCGCGAUGCAGAAGAUGUGCAUCGCAUGGGUUGUGAAGCAAUGGGCCGAAGCGACCAAUGAGUUGACAACAGAUAAUGACUCGAAACAGUGUUUACCACAAUCGGUGACCGAUAAGUGCUUAGAAUGCCUUCAAGAAGUGGUUUAUUUCGAUGAAAUUUCAUCCAAUUUCACGCGAUUACAACUCGAAACACGUGAUUACGUCUCUCUAUUGAAAACACACAGCUUUCCAAUUAAUGAAAACAUUUACAAACCCGGAGUCGUCUAUACGUUCGACCAAAUAUACUCUUUAGCCGCUUCUGUCACCACAAACACAGAACACAAGACAAAAGGCAAGACAUACGAAAUGCUGGAAGAGAGAGCCAAAGGCCUCACUAAAACGACGACUCAGAUAUCCAAAUAUCAAACAUCUUUGUUAACGUGUGUCAUGUCUUCAAUAGCCGGCGCUCUCAUAGCGUGGAAAGAAUUGCCAGAAAAGUUGAAUCCAGUCGUUAGACCUCUUAUGGACUCAAUUAAGUCCGAAGAGAACGAACAGCUCCAGAGCGAGUCAGCCAUGAGUUUAGUCCGUUUGUUAGGAAUAUGUUGCGAACGGAGCGCCGAGAGUAGUGUCUCUCCUGUGCCUAAAAUUGUUAAAAAUUUAAUCACUUAUUUAUGUUCUGACCGUAACUUUACGCCAGAAGUGACACCAAUUGAAUCCGUGGACACAAACUCGACUCAAGAAGCAAAACAGUCGGGAAUAUUGAGUUUGGAUAAUAUGCAGAAAUACGCCGAAAAGAUGUCUUUCAAACGAUCUAAUUCUGUAAACUCCACGAAGAAAGUGAAGACCGAAGUGUCCACACCUGUUGAGGAACACCUGUCGCCCAAUCUUAUCGACCAAAACGAUGAGCAAAACCAAGUGUUGAGACGGGGAGCGAGUCUCGCACUGACCGAAAUUGCCAAAUAUUUCGGACCUCAUAUACCGUCGCGAAUGUCUCAUCUUUGGGAACAAAUCACACUAAUUAUGACAUACUCUCAGCUCUCGAAAGAGAAAUGUUUGAAUUUAAAUGAAGCCAAAUAUUUAAUUCAAUGCUUACAAGUGCUCGAAACGAUUGGCUCUCAUUUGGACCAACAAUUACACUCGCAUUUGAAACAUUUACUCACGUUUCUAUGUUAUUCACUCGAAAGCCCAUUCAUAGCAAUACGACACAUGUCUGCGCGUUGUAUCGGAAGGUUAAGUCAAGUGAUCAGAAGUGAUACAAUGGACGUACUUUUGUCCACAAUUCUAGAACUGUUAGAAAUGUCUGAAUCAGACAUUAAAAGACAGGGAGCUAUAGAAGCGGUGUAUUGUGUGAUCGAUAGUUUGGGACUUAAUAUCGUUCCCUAUAUUGUACUCCUAAUAGUGCCGAUGUUGGGCCGUAUGAGUGAUCACAACGAUUGUGUGCGCCUUUUGGCCACUCAUUGUUUCGCCCAAUUGGUCCAAUUGAUGCCACUCGACAACGACAAUAACGACAAAAGCCAUAACAACCACAUUAAUGGCGAACUCUUGCAGAGGAAGGAAACUGAGCGACACUUUUUGGAACAGUUGAUGAAUAUGAAUAAGUUAGACGAUUACAAGAUUCCCAUUGAAGUGAAGGCUGAGCUGAGGACAUACCAACAAAGUGGUGUCAAUUGGUUAGCAUUUCUCAGUAAAUACAAACUCCACGGCAUUGUUGCCGACGAAAUGGGUUUAGGAAAGACAUUACAAACUAUUUGUAUUCUUGCUUCCGAUCACUACUACCAACUAAAUCGUGUUAAAAAGUCAUCCGUUGAUUGCAAGCCUUUGCCGUCGAUAGUGAUAUGUCCGCCAACACUAACGGGUCAUUGGCUCUACGAAGUGGACAAGUUUGUCAACACUGAGCACUUGUGUCCACUCCAUUACACGGGCCCUCCAAACGAACGAAUCAAACUUAGAAAGAAGAUUAAACGAAGUGAUGAGAAACUGGUUUACAAUCUAGUGAUCGCUUCUUAUGAUAUCGUUCGCAAUGAUAUUGAGUUCUUUUCAUCGAUUCACUGGAAUUACUGUGUCUUAGAUGAGGGACAUAUCAUAAAGAAUGGUAAAACCAAACUCUCGAAAGCUAUUAAGUCAUUGCCAGCCAAUCAUCGUCUCAUCUUAACGGGAACUCCCAUUCAAAACAAUGUAUUGGAAUUGUGGUCAUUGUUUGACUUUUUAAUGCCCGGUUUUUUAGGCACCGAAAGGCAAUUCAUGGCCCGAUAUUCUCGUCCUAUUCUUCAAAGUCGCGACGCAAAGUCUUCCUCCAAAGAACAAGAGGCCGGUGUUUUAGCCAUGGAAUCACUUCAUCGACAAGUUUUGCCUUUUAUUUUGCGUCGAAUGAAAGAAGACGUGUUGAAAGACUUGCCGCCGAAGAUAAUGCAAGACUAUUACUGCGAAUUGAGUCCAUUACAGUUCAAACUAUACGAAGAUUUCGCCAAAAGCAAAGCCAGACAUACUUUACAGGAAACUAUUGUUUCUAAAAACCCAACAAACAGUGAACAGAAAGCGAACGCUCCGUCAACUCAUAUAUUCCAAGCGCUUCAGUAUUUGCGUAAAGUCUGUAAUCACCCGAAGCUUGUGUUGACCACAGCUCACCCCCAAUACGACUCCAUCAGUGCUCAACUAAAACAAGAGAAAACAUCCCUCUCUGACAUCAGUCACGCCGCAAAACUCUGUGCUUUAAGACAAUUAUUACUCGAUUGUGGAAUUGGCACUCAAAGUACGGUUUCUGUUAUUAAUGGCUCCGAACCGGUAGUCAAUCAACACAGAGCUCUCGUAUUCUGUCAGUUGAAGAGUAUGUUAGAUAUCGUUGAAAACGACUUAUUCAGAGCACAUAUGCCUUCCGUCACGUAUUUGCGUUUAGACGGAAACAUCCCUCCAAUUGCUCGGCACUCAGUUGUUCAUCGAUUUAAUAACGACCCCUCCAUUGAUGUCUUAUUGCUUACCACUCAAGUUGGAGGACUGGGACUGAACCUAACGGGUGCGGACACUGUUAUAUUCGUUGAACACGACUGGAAUCCGAUGAAAGACUUGCAGGCAAUGGAUAGGGCGCACAGAAUAGGCCAGAAGAAAGUUGUCAAUGUUUAUCGACUCAUCACAACCGGCACUUUGGAAGAGAAGAUAAUGGGUUUACAAAAGUUUAAGUUAACGAUUGCUAAUACAGUGAUCAGUAGUGAUAAUUCCAAUCUGCAGACAAUGGCAACGGACCAACUCCUGGAUCUCUUCAGUUUAGGAAACGCUAAGAGCGACACAACGAACAAAGCCAACAAUAGUAACAGCUCUGGCACUGGAAUGAAGAAUAUUCUGGAAAAUCUUCCCGAUCUCUGGGACUCUCAACAAUACGACUCGGAAUACGAUUUGACAAAUUUCAUCAAAUCCUUGAAAUCUUAAUUAUUAUUUCACUCCUAUUUUCACUCUAUUUUAU